AUGGUAACCCAACUGAUUAGUGAACCCGAAAUCCGUGUGGUGUUACGUUCAAAAACAGCCAAACUUCAGAACCUAAUUAUCCCUGCUUCUGAUGACAUACAAUACUUAAGACUCUUCAGAGGAGUACUUUUGAUAAUUCGAAACUUGGUGAUAGAGACCAACGACUUUGAGAUUGAGACCAUUGCCACCAGCUUGGAACAGUUCCAAAGAGUGGUGCCAUCCUCCAACGAAAUGUAUACUAAAACGGUUAUCGUAUACUACCAGAUAUUUGCUAACAUAUCACAGACUAAACAACCUCAGUGCAUACAUACUUUAACUAAAAUAAUGAAGUUUAACGAUAACACAGAGCACCCAGUUCUUGUGACACUAUCCAACUUAUUCAAAAACGACCAGAACAUUUAUGACAUGCUUUACAACGACUAUGGCAUUGAGACAAUGAGGCAUUUGACAAACUUUGAGGUAACCGAACACCCCAAUGAAAUCGAACGGCUAUAUCUCGAGAUAUGGGAGAAAGUGGUUGCCCACGAGAGCUUCAGUAAGUGGAUCGUCAAACAUGACGACGAGAAGGUACUCAAAAUCUGUCAGAUCGUGAUCACCUCGAAGGAUAAUUGGAACAACUCCCAGCUUCUUGGGAUUUUGAGCUGGCUCUUUGAGAUGUUCAAGUUCUUGAACGGCGUGGCUGUUGCAUCACUCAACAACAAAGACCUUGACUCUCUUGGAGCAGUACACCCCAAGCUUUUAAUGGUGUUGGACUGUGUCAGCGAGUUGAGUAAAUUCAACAUAGCCAAAGACUUUCUCAUAAACUACGAGAUGGUCAACUUGCUCAUACCGUUGCUUCGAGUGGUUCAUGAGAGCAUCGAACCAAAGAAUAUGAUGAAGAACAAGAACCAAAUCAUAGAGUUCCCCCAUAUCAAGUCCAUUAUCAUCGAGAUCCUCUCGUAUUUAACGUUUGAGAACUUCAAGAUCCAGGAGCUCAUUCGAGAACUUCACGGAAUUGAGGUCAUUUUAUCAAGUUGCGUUAUUGACGAUAGUAAUCCGUUCAUGAAAGAAAGAGCGAUCAUUUGCUUGAAAUACUUAUUAUAUAAAAACGCACAAAACCAGGAGUUUGUGGCCUCGUUAGAAGCCAAGAAACUGGUGGAUAGUCUGCUUCUUGAAGAAGCCGGAUACCAAGUUAGCAUCAACAACAGUGGAAAAUUCGAAUUGAUUAAUGGUUCAAGAUCUCGAUGA